AAUCUUGAGAUCUCACCGUGUCGCGGGGUCACGUGACUCCGCGCUCAGACAGUUAUUUUUUUAGGCAUGAUGGCGCCAAACAGCAGUAUCCACAUUAAUGUAAAUAUAAUAUCGAUUUGGUGCACCGCGCGAGGAAGAAAGCCAUCGGGUGUCCUUACGGAGGCUAUUUGAGGGCGUCGAGCAAGCUCGACAGGAGCCCUCGGCCUACGAAGCUGCCGUGACAGAGGCGUACUCGGACUACUGCCAUCUCGGAGCUACCGAUCGAAGAAUAAUUCGAUCCUUCACGAUCAGACGUACCGGCUAUUAUUCGUCACGUGCAUCAUCGCGCGCGAAAUCACCCUCUCCGUCGAUAGAUCAAUAAUAAGGCAUUUACUGCCUUCCAACCAUCUCUAUCUUUUUCUCUCUCUUUCGUUCUUGUUCUAUCUUGUGCGCGCGUGCGUGUUCAUGUUUGCGUGUGCGUGUCGAACUUGUGCUCGCGUGUUCGUAUCCAUAUCGUGUGCGUUUACAUUCACGUUCGUGCAUACCUGUGCAUUCACGUCGCGUGUGCGUAUUUACUUACACCCGGUUGCAUGUGUAUUUGAAUACGGCUGCGUGUGCGUUCCGAUGUUUAUACGUGUGUGUCGAGAUUCGUGUGCGAGUCGAGCCUGUCGCCAUCUGUAUUGUCAAUGUUGUCGGCCAGCAGGAGCACCACCAGCCCAAUGGACCCCUCCGAGAGGAAUCCGCUUUCUAGAUAAUAAAUACAUGGACGACUAUGUAGGUGCGCGCGGCUCACCUGCACGUGCCACGUACCGCUAGCUCACUUGGUAUAGUAGAAUGGCACAGCGAGGCAAACGAAUAAAUAGAAACGACAAUGAUUUGGCGUCUUGCCCAGGCGCAAUCAAAAGGCGCAAAUGUAGGCUGGGUCCAGCGACGGGUUCGUCGUCGCUGGCAGCUACCAUGGGCCCCUCAGAAGAGGAGGAGACGAUGGCGUCGUCCAGUCAAGGAGGGGCAUCCUGGACCCCCAGACCUCUUAGUGACAUCAAAAUCUCUAGUAUAUACAAUCGCUCCUCUGCCGAGGCUCCUGCAGAGUUAUUUCGUAAGGAUUUGAUCAGCGCAAUGAAAUUACCUGACAGUGAACCAUUAAGUCCUAACGAAUAUUGGGUUAUUACUGAUCAAUGGAAGCAAGAAUGGGAGAGAGGUGUUCAAGUACCUGUUAACCCAGACUCCCUUCCUGAACCAACAGUCACUAUCACUCAAGCAACACCUGUAAAGCAGCACAGUGAAUUCAAACUACCUAAAAAAUUCGUAAGGAUAUCUCGUGAUGAUUAUUUCAACCCGGAAGAUCAUCAUUUAAGCACAACACCUGCACGAGCAGAAAAAGCUUGUGCCUAUGAUCUUGAUGAUACUGAUAUUGCUUGGUUGGAUGUGUUAAAUGGUGAACGUGCGCAGGCUGGUCAGUUACCUAUCACAGAAUCACAAUUAGAACGCGUGAUAGAGGAAUUAGAAGUUCGUUGUUGGGAAAGAAUACAAACCAUCGUAAAGAAUGAGGAAGGUCUUGGUAUUGAAUAUGACGAGAACGUAAUCUGUGAUGUUUGUAGAUCUCCUGACUCUGAGGAAGGAAAUGAAAUGGUAUUUUGUGACUGCUGCAACAUAUGUGUGCAUCAAGCAUGUUAUGGAAUUACUUCAAUACCAGAUGGUUCAUGGUUAUGCAGAACUUGUUCUCUAAGUCAACGACCAGAUUGUGUUCUUUGUCCUAAUAAAGGUGGUGCUAUGAAGUGUACUCGUAGUGGCCAAAAAUGGGCUCAUGUUUCUUGUGCUUUAUGGAUCCCAGAAGUCAGCAUUGGCUGUGUUGAAAGAAUGGAACCUAUUACUAAGAUAUCCAGUAUUCCGCAAAGUCGAUGGGCUCUAAUAUGUGUAUUAUGUCGAGAAAGGGUUGGUGCUUGCAUCCAGUGUAGCAUAAAGACGUGUAAAACAGCUUAUCACGUAACGUGUGCCUUCAAAUAUGGCUUGGAAAUGAAGGCAAUCAUUGAGGAUGAAAUGGCUGACGAUGGAGUAAAAUUAAGGUCUUACUGCCAGAAACAUAGUAGAACAAAUACAAAAGAUAAAGUUCAGGGCACUGGAGGCAGUAUAGGAAGUGGAGCUGAUAAAGCAGGAUCAGACUCUGAGGAUGCAGAAUCUAGGAGACGUAAGAGAAAGGAUAUGACUUCUGAAGAGAAAAAUCAAGCACGUGCUGCAAAAUUACAAGAAAUUGAAGCAGAAUUCGACAAACACGUGAGUUUGAAGGAUAUUGCUUCACAGCAAUUGGAUGUAGACCCUGAAAGCAUUGUUUACAUAUACAACUAUUGGAAGCUCAAAAGAAGGGCUGGCCAUAACAAACCUUUAUUGGCACCUCGUUGUGGAGAACUUUCUGGUAGUGGAUCACGCAAUCAGGGCCAAGCAGCCGAUCUGGAGAAGAUGAGAACGUUCGUUCAACUCCGCCAAGACUUGGAAAGAGUCAGAAACCUGUGCUAUAUGGUUGGCAGAAGAGAAAAACUCUGUCGAUCCUUCCUCAGACUGCGAGAGCAGACUUUUCACAAGCAAGCUUUAGUAAUGUCCGGGCCACCUCUACCACCUGCAGCAGCCGCAGCCGUAAUGGAAGCAAACCAUGGGCCUUCGAUUUACGACCGGCUCUACUCGCAUCCCGAUUCAGAGGAUCACACUCACGACUUCGACACGAUAGUCGCCAGGAUCGCUGGCAUAGACUCUCCGACUAGUGACGAGAGGAAAUCGCAGCAACAACAACAGCAGCAACAACAGCAACAACAACAGGACUUCAAUGGUGCCUCUAGUAAAAAAUUAUAUUUCAACGGCUCCGUCCGGAGAAAGAACCUAUACGGCAGUGAUUUAUCGUCUGUCAGUAGUAGUGAAACGGAUGCGGUUAAAGCGAAAACACCCGACAAGUCGAAGAAUCUGAAACUUGAAAGUGAUUCGAGUACCGAGGAAGAGACCACCAGUGUUCCGUCGAAAAAAUUAUCGCGUAGAAAAGCGAAAAAGACUGUUCGUUCAACGGAUAAGUUACAUUCGACGCUUAAAGAAAACAGUGAGAACGAAAAACUUGUGAAUAGUAGAUCACACACGCUCGAACAUAUGGAAAAAGAAUUAGGAAGUGCUUCUGGUAGUGAAAGCGACGAAUUGUUAACGUUAAACGCUGGAGCGACGAAGCAUCUCGUCGCUUCGGCUAUUUACUCGGAUACAGACUCGGAUUCUCAAGAACAUACGUCUCAUUCAGCAGUGUUAAUAACAAAAGCGGCUGUUAAAGAAUUCUCCGCGGCGAAUCUAUCGAAAAAUUCUCAGAAAGCUUUCGGCAAAGACUCCAGGCAUUCGGAAUCCACUUAUCACAAUACUGGAAUGAAGAAUAAAGAGAAUCAAAGUAAAGUUAGUACUAAAAAGAAAGAAUACAUACCAUCCGCGUUAAUCGUACCACAAAGGCAAGCAGCGAAGAAGGCUUCGGAAAUCAUGCAGCGCACACAACAAAAUAAAAAAGAAAAUCCAGUGCCUGAUUCUAAUCCGGAAAUAGUUAAAUCUCCAGUUGAGGAGAUUUCAAAGUGCUCCUCCUCGAAGCAAUCAAAAGACAAAAGUCCUCCUAAGAAGCAGAGGGAAAACAAACCGUCUAAAGAGAUUAAGAAUAACGACGUCUACGAUUUUGAUAAAGAAUUCGGAGACGGAUCAGAAAUUUUAGCAUAUGUGCCGCAAAGACAAGCUGCGAAAAAAGCUGCCGAGCAUAUAAAAAGUGGUAUGGGCAGUAAGCCUACCCAGCAAGUCGAACCAGAAACCCUGGAUGGUAGAUCAAAGAAAGAAUCCCCGGAGAGUGGUAAAAAGAAAGAACUUCGAAAGGAUGAUCCAUCUAGAAAGGAAGAACUUUCUUCGAGGAAAGAAGAAACAUCCUCAUCGUCGUCGUCGUCAUCCUCUUCUUCUUCGUCUUCUUCAUCCUCUUCCUCUUCGUCGUCUUCUUCCUCGUUGUCCUCUAGAAAGGAGGAAGCUUCUAGGAAAGAAGAAUUAUCCUCGAAAAAGGACGAUUCUUCUUCGAGGAAGGAAGAGAUCCUUUCCAAGGACAAUCGUUCAAGAAGGCCCAGGAAACCUAGCGAACGAAAAUCCUCGGUACUUUCGAGUAACAGUGAUAGUAGCAGCAGUAGCAAUAGUUGCAGUAGUUCCACAGAGAGUAGUAGCGACUCCGAGAAUCCAGGUCGUAGAAAACUUUCGGACGAGUUCAUGGACGGUUCCUCUUCUAGUUCUUCUUCCGAGAGCGACACAGGUAACAGGGCGAAGAGUAAAACGGUCACGAGUACGCCGACCGCAGCGAACAAAAGACAGCAAGCCAGUAAAACGUCGCCGGAACGACAAGAGGCUGAGAGGAAGACGGUUACAGGGCGGAAACUCAAGAAGCUGCCCGAGAAGAAGCUUAAAACUUCCGACGGGCGGCGGGGACCAGAGUUUCAGCCGCCUACUGAGAGAGAGGAAUCUCGUCGAAUCUCCAAGGAACAGUCGCAGCAACAACAACAAUCUCAGCAACAAGAAGCAAGCGUCAAAAAGCAAGAUCAAAGAGAUAACAAAAAGCAACCAGCAACAGGAACGGAGGCUGAUGAGGAUCUGCUCGUUGGGCCUGGAGAUCAUGAUGGGUCAAGAAGUGUUUCUGGGUCCAGACCUGCCAAAAAGUCGGGUCAAGCUGGUAAACAGCAACCCGUGCCGAGAAAGGAAGAGAAGAAAAAUAAGUCCGAAGGCAGAAAGCGAAAACCGAACGAAUCCGUUGCGAAGGAUGAGAAGAGCGGGAAGGAGGCGAUUAAAAAACCGGAAAAGCGGCUGAACGACAAGCUGUCUGUGAAGGAGAGCGAGAAGAGAGACGAGGGGGAGACUAAGGACGAACAGACGGUCGUGGAUCAAGCGAAGGUUAUUGAAUCUGUAGAAAGUUGUUCGAAAAUGGAAGAGAAGAAAGUCAAAAAGUUCAGUGACAAGAAUGCGAUCAAUAUCUUGGAAGAAGAGAUGAAACAACGUAGAGCAGAAAGGGAUAGCCCUAAAAAAUCAUUGAGAGGUUUGGACAAGCUUUUGGAGAAACGCGAACACCACGAUAAGAUGUCUAGAAGUAAAAAUUCUGAGGUGAAGCUUGAGAAGACCGUUUGCGAGGAGGAGAAGGAAGAAAAACAGCCAUUGAAUGAAAGUAAACACAUGAAAGACGCUGUGAAAAACGAGGAUCAUAAAAAUCAUGUUAACGAAAGUGAUGUUGCUGUGGAGAAAACGAAAUCGGAAGAACAUACGGAGGAGCUAAUAAAGAAGGAUGUAGUUGAUGUACCACAGAUAGAGAAAUCUAUCAUUGGAAAGAAGAAAUGCGAGAGGAAUCUGGAGAAUGCGGUUGAACCACAGAAUGUUGAAUUGCAGAAUGUACCUGUUGAAGAGAAUGUUCCAAAAGAGAAUAACGAGGAGGAGAAUGUUAGAUCUGUUUCAGAGAGGGUUGAAAAUCUGGAGAAGGAACAUCAAAAGAGACGGAAAUCCGGCAACCGAUCCAUCUUCUCCCCGCAGCAUGGUAAAGAUGCGAGUGUUUCAGAAUUGUUUGAUUUUGAUCAGGAUAUGUUAACAGAAGAGAUGGUGAACGAGGACGGUUUCGGUAUAUCCAGGGACGUUGAAGAACGUGGUGUACCAUUAAGUUUCUCCUUCAACAACGAGCUGUGGUUCAAGGAAGAUUCGAAGGAAGACAGCGCUCGUGAAACCCUCCAUCUAGUGGAGAAAUUGCGUAUGGAACUUUCGAAGAAAUCAAAUUCUAGUCAGUUUGAAUUAGAGGCAGUACCUGUAGACGGCGAAAUCAAAAAAGAGGAACCACCGAUUGAGAAGAUUUUCGAACAACAACCACAACAGCCACAACAACAGUUACAAGUACAGCAUCAACCGCAGCAUGAACAGCAACAGGAAAAGGAGGUGAAGAUUCUGGAGUCCAUAGAACCAGUUAUGAACGUGAAGAACAGUGUUGAGAUUCCUGAAGAAGAGAUAAUCCCUAACGAAGCACAUCCCAGUAGCUGUAAGAACACGAUGGAAGAGAAACGAAAGACGUGUUACUCUAGUGGUAACGAUAGAUACGCGGCCUACGAAGAGGAUCGCGGUGCGAAUAAAGUGAGCCUGGUGGAACGAGCGAAGCUCGAUAGAGCGGAGACCGACGAGAGAUGGGUACCACCGAGCAUAAACAGUUUCGAACCCAGCGACGUGCAACACCUAAAUGCUUUAAUGGAGACGCAGAAUCAUCGAUACGGCAACCACCAGUUCCCCAAUGAAUCCAUUCAAGAAACCGAAGCGCUUGCGCGUACUCAUUUGAACGCGCCAAGUAUACAGGAACAAUAUCUUCUACAGCAAUCGCACUCGAUUCUCCAUAGUCAACAGGAAGCUCAUGAAAGAACGAUGCUUAAUCAACAGAUAUCCGAAGAGAACCCUAUGGAGAUGGUGAACAGGCAUUUGAUUGGAUUGCCAGCAUCGGAGGACGACCAGGCUGCUGAAAUGAUGGACAGAGUACUCGAGAAAGAGGAAGAUGUCGUCAGGCAGCAGGAAUACGAUCAUAAUUCACCUUACAAUGAUUUGAAUGGCCGUCCGGAUACCCGAUGGGCAGAGAGUCAAGUGUUACCGUCUCGAAGGUCUACAUCUUCUUCGAUCACUUCCGCAUCAUCCGCAGAGGAUCAUUCCAUUCCACCGUACAAAAGCGUAGCGGGCAUUCCUUUUCCACCGUGCUCGAUGGAAGCAUCGUAUAUAGCGGACUCGAGCUACGGUACCGGGCCGGUAAGUCUGUUUCCGCCGCAGUCGUGCGCGGCGCCGUUACCGUAUCCCUCACCCGGGCCAGCCCUUUUUCCACCGGCAUUCGGGGCAGCUUUUCCAGCAGCACAGUCGUUGUUGUCGCACGUGAAACCACUGGGGGACUCGUUGAAUCUACAGGCUUCACCAUGUACCGCAGCGUUCACGUCUUGCUCGCACAACAUGGCGCUCACCGCAGCCAUGGUCUCGCCUACCAAAAUAGCCACACCACCACCGCCACCACCUCCACCACCACCACAAGUUACCGCUCCACCCGCAGAAACCAUCGAGAGGACACAGCAACAAUUGGAAACUCAGGUCACCGAAUCACCUACCUUGCCUAUGAAUUUCUUGAACACCGUAGCGCCAGAGAGCCACGUCGCCGACACCGUCGUCGAGAGUCUGCAGGAAGUUCUGCCCGACGGGAAGAACCAUUCCGGAAAGAAGUCACCUUCAAAGCCUACCAGGACAUCAGCCCGGGUUACGUCCCUGCAAGGAAAGUCUCCAGGGAAGUCUCCGAGGCAGGAGGCCCAGAAGAGCGUUCCUGGGGCACGAGGACGAGGCAGAGGGGCUAAGAAUUCAUCCCAACACUCGGGUUACAGGGGACGAGGACGAGGCCGAGGCAGGGGACGAGGUAGAAGCGGUCAGAACGCGGGACUAACACUGGUCUCCGGUGUGGGCGUUAGUCAACACGAUGACUCCAUUCAAAACAAACUAGUCGGUACAGUGUAUGACUUUGACUCCGACGAAGAUUCCACCAGUGAGGCGAACAUCGCCGACUUACGUACUAUGAGAGAGCGGAAGAAGUCGACGGACGCCGCGGCAGCAGGUAUCGAGAGGAGAGAUUCCGCUGUCAUGGCUUCCGGAGAAAGUAUUCAAUCCAGACUAUCCAGUCCUGGAGGCACUAGGAAGUACCUGGAUGACAGGAGACUCUCUUGUUCACCGGGUCACGAUGACUCCACCGUCGUCGAGAGCCAGUCAAACGUUGGACAGAGCUUCGAUACCGUCCUACCGGUCAUUCCUGGUCCCGUCGACAUGAGAACGUACAACUCUACCCUCGACGCUUCAAGUUCUUCCACACUACACGGUCCGACGUACGAGAAUCACUUCCUGGGAUCCUUCGUGGGUGUCUCGGUGAACGACCCUGCUCUUCCGGAUAUCGAGGAGGACCUCGAGAAGGAGUUAAGAUCCGCGCUGAUAGGCAAACAGAGUCAAGAAGACUGUUCGAAGCCGAACUUCGACGCGAGCAUCGACGCGUCGUCGUCCGGUUUCGUAGAGGCCAACAAGGUCUCCUUGACGGAUUCUAGAAAUCAAUUGAAGGUGAAGAUCAAAGGUCCGUUCCUCGAUGCAAACUAUGUUCCUGCCUCGUCGGUACCACCGCUCGCUCAACAAGCACCCGUGAUAAUCGCUCCGGCUGCCACCAGUGCUUCCGUCGCUUCCGGCACCUCGAACCUCAGGCGGAUGCGGAAGAAGGAGCUACUCAGACAGUAUUGUUCUCAGGAUAUGAACAUGGACGAGCCAGGCUGCGGGAAUCUCGCGACGUCCGCGCCGAUCAUCGUGCCACAGAUCAAUCGCACAGUCAUAACCAUACCUAAAGCCGUCGCCUCCAUGACCACUAUACCUACCAGGGAGGACUACAAAGCGGUCGUCGAUGCGAACAUGGAGAAGAAGAGGAGAAAAGAAAGACCCGCCGGCUUCUUGGACGCCAACGAAGAAGAGGGAGGUGUCGAAAGGAGACGGGGCAGUGCCGCGAACGGUGCUGGUUCCAGCGGUAACGCUGCCGUUGGAAACGCGGACCGUAGGAGAGGAAGGCAGAGCAGUGGUGGCAGGUCAACGACAACGACCACCACGACCACUACCACCAACAGUGGUCCUCCAAAACUGAAAAUCAAAAUCGGCAAUAGCAUAAUCGGUGGUCAGGAGAGUGGCCAGGACGACAGGACUAGGAUUAGACCGCCUAAGAAACGGCUGAGCAGCAUUCCUAGCAGCACGCCUAGCAUCGAGGAGCUGCGCAGAGAGAGCAUGAAGUUCAGACGCAUGAUCAUGGCCGGUUUCGACAACGACGAGAAACUGCGAGCUAAAAGUAAGAAGGAUAAAAAUGGAAAGCGAAAGAAACGGCAGUCGAGUAGAAAGGAGGCCAGGGUACGUAUCCUCGAAGGUGGUGCUGCCCCACCGAAAUUGAUCAUAACGCUGGGCAAAGGCAAUGACUCUCCGGACGAAUUACCGAUCAUGCUCUCGGACGAAGAGGAGGAGGAGGAAGAGGAACGACAUCCGACUGACAGUAGAGUAGGUCCUCCACCUCCAGAACCGGCAAAGGACGAGCCUGUCUACCCGGCAGUCGCUGCCAAUAUAGAAGAGAAACAGCCUACCGAUCCGGACACUGGCGGCAGUGCGCCUAGGAACGUUCGUUCGGCCAAGGUCACGCCGAUCAGGUUAAAAUUGACGCGUUGUCAGGAGGGCUACGAGCUGAAGGGCUCGCCGAUCCAUGGCGAGGAGUCCGCUUUAAUUACGGAGAAACCGCGAUGUUCCGAUGUUUCGAACGAGGAGACGAGAGAUCCACCGGUGAAAAGCCAAGAGGAAGAAUCCUCUAGGGAGGAGGAAGAGGAGGAAGAGGAGGAGAACAAUAGUUCCGUGCAAAGAGACUCCUCCGCGUGUCCUGCCGCGACAAGUAUACCACAAGGAUGCCAAGUUAGGUGAUAAUUAAUGAUACUCGUGGAGUAACGGAAGCAGAGGACACACACGGUGCUUGUACGAUGUUUACAGUCUAUAAAGAAAAGGACUCGAUACACGCUUGUUUCCGGUUGCUAGCUGUGAAAGCACGUUGCCGUGAUAAGGUGAUAAAGCGUUCCGCAAUUUGUACAGGCCCCAAAAUAAUCGAGGUACUACCUUAUUCUUACAAGACAAUUUUAUAUCAUCCGUUGAAUCGUAUCGUUGGCUUACUGGGACCAAAAUCUAAACCAUCAUAUUUCUUUUUUUUUUUUUUUUUAAACACCAUGGUUUUAAAUCAAACGAGUGGCUUAUUGAAAUAAUUCUUUUCCUUAUUUUAUUAAUGAAAAUCAUUGAUCAUGAGAAAUUUUAUUUUGUAAAUAAAUCAAUAAUUGGUAGAUUUGCUAAAGUUAUAAGAUAGAUAAGAAUAUGUUGAUCCCACUAGACCUACGAUAUGUUAAAUCCAUUUGAUACAGCAUUUUUUUUUUUUUUUACCAUUUCCUAGCAAGAUUUUAUCAGAUUGUAUAUAUAUAUAUAUAUAUGAAAAGAGUACUUGCGCUGUUGAUAGUAUUUAUAAAUUAUGUUUUUAUUUUUUAUUAUUACGUUAUGUUAUGCAUAUAUAUACACAAGCAAGUUCGUUAUUCUUUAUUCACAUUAAUUAAUGAAUUUCUUUUAAUAAACUUCACCUUCUUACGGCAACAGAAACACAAUAAGAAACGAUGAUUUCGGCAAGAGAGGGAACAAGGUGGUAGCAACUUCUAAGAUAUACUCGUUUCGGACUCGCUUCAAAGGACAUUCUCCGACGGUUAAACGAAGAAAGAACCUAUGCUCCUCGAGAGAACAUUCGGUUUUAUUCUUACAAAAAGAACACUAAACAAUACUCGAGAGACGAGAACGGGCGUGCCAUUUCGCGGCGGCGACGACGAGAUGUCUGUUUUUUCCUUGAGAAAAAUCUGAUUGAAGAGUACUGUCGAGGCCGUUGACGAAGAUCGAAGAAUCGAACUGAUAUCGUAUGAAAUAUUUCAAUUUAAUUUUCGUUUACAAAGUUUCCUCUUCUUCUUCUUUAUUUUUUCUUUUCAGCAACACCAUGCGUGUAACAUGUACGUACUGAAAGAACGAGAUAGAAAAGAAUUCUUGAGAUAAACUUCGUAAACGGCCUCGUCAUUAAUUUCGCAGUAAGGACUAGUUAAUUGUACAUACUUGUAAUUUACGAUUGUAUUUAGUUUAAGUCGAGGAGAAAGAACGCACGCGAGAGUGUUGUGUAUGUGUGUGUAUGUACGUGUAUGUUAAGGGUGAGAAAGGGAGAAAAUGAGCGUGAAAGAUUUUAUAAUCAGUGCGAAGCUUACGUGAUGGCUGUGUUUUACCACGCGGUCCGAUCUUCCAGGCAAAUUAAUCCUGGGCCGCGCAGAAACGUUCAGUAUCCCCCAACCGUUGGAUUGCUCGAGUCUUUCCCUUCCUGUUCCCCCCUUUAAAACGAGGCCGUCGGUUGAAUAUUACAAUAGAAAAUAGUAUAUAAAGAAAACAAUUAAAGUAGUAGACGUUCGGGCGGAGAAAUCCGAAGAAAAUGUAAUUUAUCGUAUACGAGGACAAUCCUGUUGCUCAGCAACAGCUUCUUCGACGAAUUAGACGAAUUAAUCUUAUAGUCUCUUUGUCGCAAUAAUUCGAAUUGUCCAUAAUUAUGCAGUCGUCUUGUGUAUUCAAAAUUACAGAAUUACUUAGAUCGUGUAAUUAUUAUUUUUAUCAAAGGAAAUUCGUAAAAACUGUCAAUACGCAUUUGUCAUCGUUUUUAUCCAUUCAUUUUGAUAUUAUAUAUUAUAUAUAUAUAUAUGUAUGAAGUAUAUUUUACACAAAGUACAAUGUUAAUAAUUUAUUCUUUCUAUAGUGUAAAUAAGUUCUAUACAGAAUUGAGAUACGUUUUUAUACGAUAGUAUAUAGUUUAUUGUAACAAGAUGUAGUUCGUUCGCUCUUUUUUUUUUUUUUUUUUUUAAGUUUUUACGUUUUUACUUUGAUAUUUGUAAAGUAAUCUUAUUCACAUGUAUCAUUCAAGACGACUGCAUAACAUGGACAUGGUGAAUGUCCUUUUGGAUGUUCGUUAAAGGACUAUAUUGAGAAACAUAGUAAGCGUAAAUAUCGUUCAUGCUCGAUUUUAGAGUGUGCGGUGUGUUGGAAAAAUAAUGUUUGUCCUCGUUUGGACCCUCCGUCGUGGCGCCAGCGACAGAGGAAGGAUCUUCCUCCUUUUUUUGGUGGAGAAAACAUAAUUGUUUCUGCUUCCUCCUUCGCUGUUGCGACCAAGGGAAACAUUUCUAUGCUCGGAAUCCGGGGUACGGAAUUUCUCUGCGCGGACCGGUAUACAACUUUGACCCUAGAUCCAGUCAAUUCUUCAUUUUGUUCGCAUACGACAGGAAUUGCCAUUUGUUCGCGUUGAACGUUAACUUGUAUUUAAGUCGUGUAUCGUAUGCUACUUUCAGAGGUACGCAACACAUCUGUAGAUUUAGAGAUAGUUUUCCUGUAUUUUCUUUUUUCAUAUAUGUAUCACGUUUUUACAGAGUUUCCUUAUUUAGAAGUACCGUAUCCGACAAGCGAGAGAUUCCUGAGCUAAACAGUAUGAUUGCCUUUUCUUUUGUUUUAAAUUAUUGAUGAACAACGGUGAGGAAUUUAUGAUACGAUAUUCUGUACAAGCGAAUCAUCUGAGAGAAACGUUCUAACGUUUGAAACAGUGAUCAAAUCGUCACUUUUAUAUCUUGUUACCUACUAUGUAUAGGAUUUCAUUUGAUGAAAUCUUCAUAGCGACACAAUUGAUCAUGAAAACGCUAAGAGUGUUUUGUACAUCUCUUCCAAACUGUAUUUGUUGCAAAAUUGACUCGAACAGUGGCAGAUUCUCCUGGCAAAUGAAUGUAUAUAGAGAAACUGUUUAUUUGAUCUAAAGCGUUUUUAAUGGAUUGUAAUAAAUUAUUAUAGAAGACGGUGCAAUACGCUAGAAAAUACAUAGACUAAUAUUUGAGUGUCUGAUCUUGUUCACUAAAUAAUUUAGAAUGUGCAAACACUUCAGUUACCUUACACUUAGCUCAAGGAUCUCUGCAAUGUAACACACAUUUUUAUUCUAUAUUUUGUAUAAAAGCGUUGGAGAUACAGGAAUUAUAUGUGUAUGUAGAUUGACCUAGUAAAAGUACAUGAUUGUCUCGCUCGAAGUCGUUCGCGUUUGCUUCAAAGUUUUUCUUUUUGAUCAUGUAUAUUUUUGUUGUUUGUACCAUUGAUUUUACAUGAAAGUUACAAAAAAAUAUUCAGUUAUUGAGCUUGUAAAUAAUAGAAUCAUCUAUGGAUAAGAAAAGACAAAAAUCAGAUUGUAAUUUUAAUUGUUUGAUAAAUGAAGAUCGACUGGUUCUAGGAUCAAAUGAAAAUGUUAAUUGAUUAUUAAUCGUAUAUUUCUGAGAAGAGGAAUAACAUUGUACGCCCUGGAAGCCGGAGAGAAUACUUGUCGGCGAUAAGCGGAGCCUAUUGCGUUGUACAGAGGAAGGAGAGCCAAGCGGAAUCGUUAUAAUUUCGACUCGUUUCUUACUUACGCUAAGCAUAGAAAACCCGAUAACAAUGAAUUUCUCAUAAUUCGUUGUACGUAUCCAUAUUGCAGAAUAAAAAAAAAAAAAUUAAUUGAUGUGGAUGCUUACAACGAUUCAGGACACAUACGUGCAUAUAUAAAUAUAUAAAUAUAUAAAUAGUUUUAUUAUAUUGCAAAGUGAAAUAAUACAAUAUUUAGCUACUGUAUAUAAUGUAAAAGAAAAGCUGGUCUUGUAAGAUACGGAUUAAGGUGUUUUAAUGUGCACAUAGCCGCGUCAUUGUCAAUAAUCAUAUUAUUACGAUUAAUAAUAAUUACAGUUUUUUAAAAAAAA